AUGAGUCAAGGUGCAGAAAUAGAAUAUUCAAUUAAUUAUUCAGAUCAGAAUGUGGAAAAAAAUCCAAUUUUACCUUACUUACAUACUUUCCCAAUUAGUAAUGAGAGAUAUAAAAUUAAUGAAAUUAAUGAAAAUAAUGAAACUAUAUAUAGUGCUUUAACAACUGUGACAAAUGCCUACAAUGUGAAUAAUUAUCUACAACCAAGUCUUCAACCGGUAUAUUGUCCAAAUCCAUUAGCAAGAAUUGAAUCAUUAUAUCAUCUGUUAACAACAAAUUUAAGUAAUCCUCCAAAUUCAAUUUCUAAAGAAUAUGAUUAUACUAAAGUAAGAGCAUCAACUUCUUAUUCCAGAUCAACUUCAAUACCAGCCUUACCUUUUAGUGUUCCAACUCAAAUCAGUAAUUCACAAGAGUAUAAUUUUAUUAAUACUUGGAAUAAUGAUCAACUUAAAAAUACAUCUUUCACACAAGAUGAUACUAGUUAUUUUUUAGAUAAACAAAACGUUUUAGAGACUUAUGAGGAUGAAGAAUUGGCAUUAAGCUGGUAUAAUUAUGUAAAUCAAUAUCCUAAAAAUUCAGUUUAUGCAACAAUUGGAACAUCACCAAUAUAUACAAGAGCUAUAAACCUGGCAUCAUCAAUGAAUAAUAUAAGAUUAAAUGAAGAAAAUAUAGGAAUAUCAUCAAAAUUAGAUAGUUCAAUUUUUCCAUAUUAUUCUAAAACAAAUUCAGAAAAACUAAAUGAAUUGAAAGAAAACUUAAAUUUAGGUUCAAUAAUUGAUGCAAGUUCUCAACCUUCAAUUAAUAAUUAUGAUAAUUUAGUUGUUUCAAAUAGUUCAAGAAGUUAUACUGAAAUUUUAGGUAAUUUCAAAUUUGAAAAAUCUGAGAAAGAUCCUUUAGUUUAUGGAAAUCAAAACUUUAAUUUACCAUCUUCACCAAUUCAAAGAGUUGUAUAUCAAAAAUAUAAUUUGGAAUUUGAUGAACAAGAAAUUGGGGAAGAGUGUGAAUCACCCACAAAUUCUCAAACUACAAUAAAUGAUAGUCCCAUGAUUUACCCAAUUACCUUAAAGUUUAUCAUCCUCAAACAUAAGUUCUCAAAAAUUUGUGAAAGACCAUCAUAUUUAAGAACUUCAUCAUACAGGAGAAAACAUAAAAUCGAAAUAGAAGAAACAGAUUUUGGUGACGAUGAAGACUACGACCCUCCAUUCCAUUCAAAAAAUAAUGAUGAUCCAAAUCCACUUUCUUCAACAAAUUCAGAAAUUUAUGACAUUGGCCCAAAAGUAUUACCAAAACCAUUUACUGAACAAUUCAUAAAUUUGAAAAAAACAAAAUUUAGACCAUUAUCUGAAUUAACUGCAUUAAAAUGUUAUAAAUUACCUACCAAAAUGAUCACUAAUUAUGAUUUAGAUAACAAAUUGAACAAAAUGAAAGCAGUAAAUUUUCCAAGAAGACCCAAAACAAGUCAUGAAGAAAAUGUAAAAACAAAUACCAUUUUAUCAAUUACAUCGAAUACCAUGCCAAUCAAUGCAAUUUUGAAUUCCGAUAUAUCGACAUCAACUACAUUAACUGCUGAAACUACCUCUACGGAAAGUUCUACAACCACUUCAAAGUCCAAGUCUAAAAAAUCAAAAAAAGAUAAAAAAGAUUCAGAUUCAAAAACUGAUAGAUAUUAUUCAAGAUUAAACAUAUAUGAAUUAUCUAAAAUCCUCAACUUGGAAAAAUUCGAUAUAUCCUUAACUCGUCACAUUGAAUUAUCAGUAUUGGAAAUUUUUGGCAACUAUUGUAAUUUCAAACUUGGUCUACAAACAUGGAUAAGAGAUACAACAAGAGAAUUGAGAAUUCAACUAAUCCAAGAGUUGUAUACAUACACCAGUGUAUUUUAUCCUGAAUUAGAUCUUUUCAAAUUAGAAAUUAUUAUUAGACGUGGUUCUUAUUCAAUGAUGCAAACUAGAUUAAGAAGGGAAAGAAGAUUGAAAAGAGCUGGUAAAAAAAAAUACAAAAAGAGAAAAACAACAAAUUGA